AUUUCAAUUCUCUUUGUCUGUGCGUCUGCAUCGAUUUCGAUCCAACAUCAAAUUUUUCCUUAAAUUCUAUACAGUUCUAUCUCAGAAUUUUUGGAUUCUAAGCGCGAUGCUACUGCAGAACGCAAAUGCACGCAUCGCUUCACGCUUGCGGCAAAUAAUUUUGUCUUUUCAAGCCCGUCGCGCCCUCUGUAAACUUGCAUACUCUACCGGCAAUCUCUGUUUGUUUACUCACAUACAUUUCAUUGUAUUUCAGUUGUCCUGUGCAUUCAUUUGAUUAUUGAUACUAAUCGAUAAGACUGACUGAAUUGGGAAACUUUUCAUUGCAAUUUCCAAUCGUUGAUGAGCAUAAACAAUGGAGACCAAUACCCGUGCUGCUGUGAUAACCGACAGUAAUGAAACUGUUGCUCCUGUCGAUAACAAAACUCUGGCCAAAGACAAAAAAGCAAGAAAAGCAUCUGAAAAACAGCUUGAACAAUUCUUCAAAAGCCCAAAUGGCCCCCUGUCAGUGGAAGAAAAACUGCAAAUUUUAAGUGGAAAGUACUUAGACAUUGUGGAUGAAAACCGCAAACUGCAAUCAUCUUUGAAACAAGCACACAAAAGAGUAGAAUCAGCUCUGAAAGAGCAAAGUCAAGCAGAAUCAGAAAAAAGUAAAACUGUAUUAGCUAAGAGUCGCCUUGAAAGUUUGUGCAGAGAAUUACAAAGACAAAAUAAAAUUGUAAAAGAAGAAAGCCUUCUCAAACUAAAAGAAGAAGAAGAAAAGAGAAAAGAAGUAUCUGCUCAGUUUCAGACAACUUUGCAAGAGUUCACGCAACUGAUGACUGAAACAAAUGAAAAAAAUGCCAAAUUAAACAACGACAAUAUGGAAAUUCAAAAGAAAUUCAAGUCAGUUUUUAAUGAAAUGGACUUGAGAGAGCAACAUUUUGAAAGCAUGCAUCAAUUGAUGAAUUGCAAACUUCAAGCUGCAGAUGCAAAAUUAAAUCAAGUCACCUUAGAAUUGACGGAAGAAAAAGAAGUUCUUUUAAAAGAGAAGGCUGCAUUACUGCAAAAACUUGCAGAGUAUCAUGCUAAGAUAAAAGAACUUCAAAUAAUUGAAGCUAACUUACGUUCACAAGUAGACAUGUACUCUGAAAAAUAUGAAGAGUUUCAAAAUACUUUGACCAAGAGUAAUCAGGUUUUCGGUGGAUUCAAUACCGAAAUUGAAAAGAUGACUAAAAAAAUUGUCAAAUUAGAAAAAGAAACAAAUAUGUGGAAAAAACGAUGGGAAAAGAGUAAUGCAAAUUUAUUAGAAAUGGUUACUGAUCAACAAAAGAGAGAUGCUGAGAUUAAAACCUUAAAUAAAAAAUGUACAGUUCUUGAAGGAUUAUGUCACUCACUACAAACGGAAAGAGCAAAUAUGUUAGCCCAAUUAAAACAAAAAUCAAAUGAAGAAUGUGUCCAUAGUGAUGCAGUUCCAGUGAACGAAUCAAGUACUUCUAAUAAUGAGCAAACCAAAGAUUUAAAGACUGAAGAUGAAGUCAUUGUUACGUCUGAUCAUAACAUUGUAACUAAACAAAGUAUAACUGAACCAAUUAAAGACAAUAUUGCGGGUAGUGACCAAGACAUUAAAACUGUGGAAGUUUCUUGUGAAAGUGAUAUAUCAGAUUAUGUGAAAGUAAAUUCCGAUCUGUCAACUGAAGAUCUGCAAUUAAAUGGAAAAUCUCCAACUGAAAGUAUUGUUCAAGAGGAUGGACAUACAAGUAUAUCAAAUAAUACUACAAAUGCAAAUGAAAACCAAUCUGAAUCUAAUACUCAAUCUGAUGAUAGCUCACUGAAAUCGGAUAAGAAAAUUAAGCCUUGCUAAAAAAAUUUUUUCAUAAAAUAGGAUCUGUUGAAAAUUCCAUGUUUUUUAAUAUUGUGAGUUUUAAACAUCUUUUGUUAAAAAUGUAUCACUAAAUAAUUUUCAAAAGUAGGAGAAAUAGAAAUCUGUAAGGAAUGAACAAAAAACUGACAACAGAUAUGCAUGACAUUUUGUUAAAUUAUAAUUUUAAUUGAUCUCAAAAAAGUUAAAAGCAAAAAUUAAUUUUAAAUUAUUCAAAUCAAAUUGUAAAUAAGUAUCUGAUUUUUUAGCUGUAAACAUAUAAGUUGUCAUGUUCCUUUUAUUUACACACAUUCAACCAAAAUCUAUGUUUGUAUUCGAUAACUUUAUAUGAGAAUUUGUAUAAAUUAUUGUUUUAAAUUGAAAAGGAAAUUGUACCGUUCAACCGUCAAACUAGAUAGAUGUAGAGUGUGAUUGACCAAAAUAAUCAAACACUGUUCAUCUUAAUUUGUAACGAAUAUUUCGUGGUAGACAAUGUCGUAGUGUAAAAGUGUUUACUGUUAUAAAUUGUUUUUCAAGUCCGUUAUUAAAUUACUUUAAAGAUGGUA